AUGUCACCAUCACCUCUCUCGUCGAACCUUCAUCUUCUCCGCGUCGCUUCGUCCUCGCUCGCAUCAUCUUCUCGUCGUCGUCGUCGUCGUAAAAGUCGUCUUACUUUCGACGGAAGUAAAGUAAAGAGCAGCAAUAAAGAAGAAGACGACAUCGUAAACGACGACAUCCUCGACGCGUACAAAAUCCCAUCCACGACAGUCGUAACGCUUCCCGGGAACGACACCAUCGAGAUACGCUUACUCGACCCGUACACCAUCGCCAUCACCCCGUACGAGAACAGAGAGGAAGGCUUAUCUCGAUUACUGAUGUACAUCGAAGGUGAGAACGAAUCUAAGGAGCGUUACCCGCCGACGCAACCGCUGACGAUGCGAUACGCGUUGGAUUCGGAUGGAGAGAUUUUAGGCAAGACGAUGGAACUGUACCUCGGGCCUCGCGUGAACCCGGAAACCAACCCGGCGGCGAAAACGACCGAGAACACAAAAACAAUCUCUGCGAAAGUUGCCGGUGGUGAGUUAAUCGCGGUGAUGCCUUUAGUCGGGAUGGCAACGGAAGAUGCGGUGCGAAGAUGUCGAGAUAUCAUCGCCGAGGAAGUCGAAAAGACGAAAGCGUUCGAGCUCGACGGCGCCGGGUUUCGAGUGAGCACGUUCGGACCGAUGUAUUCCUUGAGACCGAGAGAUAACGAAGUGAGCGUGAAAGUCACGCCGAAGACAAAGGACUCUCGCUUUCCUUUUUCUCGAGUUGAAGCGCUGCAGAGAGUAAGAGAGAUUACGCAGAAAAAGAACCAAUUCAGGCCGCCAAAUUGGAAACGAACGCAAAGACGAAACAUGUUACUCUGCGCACUCUCCGGCUCUGAAAUCACGAAACCGUGCGUCUCCCCAUCAGGACACAUCUUUGAACGCACUUUAAUCGAAAAAUACGUCAAAGAAACCGGAGAGAAUCCAAUCACCAAGCAACCUUUAUCCGUGGAGGAUUUGAUUCCGAUCGAGACUGAUUUUGCCUCAAAUGGCAGCGCAAUCGCAAUCAAACCGAGAGCGACGGCGCACGCGAGCAUUCCGGGUUUACUGCAAACAUUUCACGACGAAUACGACGCGUUGAUGUUAGAGUUGUUUGAAACCAGGAAACGGUUAGGGGAGUCGGAACGGGAGCUAGCGUCGAUGGCGUAUCAAGUGGACGCGGCGAAUAGGACGGUGGCGAGGUUGGUGAAGGAGAGAGACGAGGCGAGGGCGAUGAUUGGUGGUGGUGGUGGGGCGAACGGGACGACGACGGUUCAGACGACGACGACGGGAAAGAAGAGAGAAGGAGGCGGCGACGCGGACGCGUUUGCGAAAAAAGCGAAGAAUGCCAUUCCGCGAUCGAUUUUGGACGCGAUCGAGUCGACCAAUAAAGAGUUGAUGGCGGAGAGGAAAAAGAAGAAAAUGCACGAGUCGUUGAAAGCCAAAGAAGAGAUUGGGAAGUUUAAGUUGCAAGACCCGGUGCCGGGGCAUAAAGUGAAUACGGCGAUACAUAACGUAGACGUGCUUCACGAGAAAAGCCUAAUCGUGACGGCUGGCGCAGACGGAACGGCGGCUUUCUUCGACGCGGGCUUACAAAAAUCGAGUUCGAUAGCGACGGGUCACAAGAAGUGUUUAGACGCGAAGUUUUUGGUAGGAGCGGACAAAAGUGGUGGCAUAGUUGCCACUUGUGGUGCUGAUAACACCGUGAAAGUGUGGAAGGCAGGAAAGAACAUCUCCACGUACGAUGAACACACGCAAGAUGUCGUUUCCGUCGCCUCGCACGUCGCCGGCGCCUUCUUCGUCUCCGCCUCCGCCGACGCCAGUUGGCACUUCCACGACGUCGAAUCCGCCUCGACUGUAUACCAAGCCACCAACGACGAUCCGAAAGACAAAUACACUUCCAUUAACAUUCACCCGGACGGCAUGUUUCUCGCCGCUUUGACGCAAUCCGGCGCGGUACAACUCUGGGACGCCAGAUCGUGCGCUUUACAACAAACCUUUUCCAACGGCGGUAAAAACGCUGCCAAAUCGUGCUCGUUUAGCGAGAACGGCUACUUCUUCGCCGUCUCUGGCGACGAAGGGUGUAAGAUAUGGGAUUUGCGUAAGAACACGGUCGCGCACGAUUUCGGGAAAGAAAAAUGUGAAGGCGUCGCGUUCGACAAGAGCGGCAAAUACGUCGCCUAUUGCACCGGGAAAACCGCCAAAGUGUACAACGUCAAAGGCGAGUGGGACAUCGUCCAAACCUUCGAGAGUAAGAGUAAAAAAGGAAAUCUUUGCGUGCAGUUUUUGAAAGACGCCGGUGGUGUCGUUGUCGGUGGUGGUGAUCACAAUCUUCGCGUCUUUCAAUAA